UUAUUUAUCUACCUUAGAGUACGGUUCUAUUUUGCUGCUUAUAUAUAUAUUUUUUUUCAAUUUAAAAUAAUUACAAAUUUAAUUUAAAUUUAAAAAAUGAAACAAUUUGUGAUUUUAUUUACUUUGUUAGCGGGUUUUUUCCAAAAUUCAAUUUAUGCCUUACAAUUUACGGAUUGCGGUUCCAAAAUAGGAAAAUUUACAAAAAUUGUUGUUUCCGAUUGUGAUACUACCAAAAAUGAAUGCAUUUUAAAGCGUAACUCAUCCGUCUCUAUAACAAUUGAUUUCUCUUUGGCUGAAGACGUUACAGCGGUUAAGACCGUUGUACAUGGCAAAGUAUUGGGUGUAGAAAUGCCAUUCCAUUUGCAAAAUCCCGAUGCCUGUGUUGAUAGCGGUCUUAAAUGUCCUUUGGAAAAGGAUGAAACCUAUGAAUAUACCGCCACCUUACCCGUUUUGAAAGCAUAUCCUAAAGUUAAUGUUAUGGUUAAAUGGGAAUUGAAGGAUCAAAAUGAUGAAGAUAUCGUUUGUGUCGAAAUACCAGCUAAAAUUCAAUAAGAACAAAAAUACUUAUUUUACUUUAAUACAUAACUUUUACUACUAAAAUAACUCAGUAUUUUAAAUGAAAAAAACAUAACAUUCGAAUGUACAAUUUAAUUAAAAAUCAAUAGAUCAUUUAAGUUUUGUAAUUUAAUAAAUAAACUCAUAAAUUAACCUUAAAAAUUGUAUAUUGAACAUACUUAAUGGU